AGUACAAAUCAGAAGUCUGGCGAGGAUCUGGGGAAGAUGUCAAAUUAAGGUACAAAAGUUCAGCUGGGGACUGGGGACAUGUUUUGUAAUUGGAUGUGUAGGUAGAUUUCAAUAAGUGUGACAGUCAAUUGGUAGUGAUUAACUUUAACUUGCACGUAAACACCCAUACAUAUACAACUGACUAGGUACAGUUCCUCCCUGCAGGAUUCAGUCAUAGCCAUGAACUACAAUGAACUACACAUACUGCCAGCCGUUGCCUGGUAACACAGGAAAACACAGCAGAGCUUAACAGGCCCCCACAACACAGAGCAAAGCAGCCAGUCACUCAGUCUAUCUGUACUAACACCAUAGUUAAACAUGAGCGCCUGAGUGCCCUUCAGCCAGAGUAAAGUAUAGAGCCCGCCGCACCUCCUGGGUUUUACUUACACGGUUCUACUGUGUCUUUAAUGUAUAAUUCACAGGAGAGGGAGGUGGAGAGAUCCUUGACUGAAACAAAGACAAUGUUGGCUGUAACCUGGGGAGCAUUCCUGUGUUGUAGCUGAGUUGUGGAGACUACUAGCACCUCCUCCGGCUAGAGUUCUCCCUGGCUGUAUCAAGGCUGGUUUAGGCUGGAGGGAGCAAAGAAACUCUAAUGCUGGACUAGAUAUUCUAUCGCCCAUACUGUUUCCUCCAGCUUCAUGGCCAAGGGGAAGAAGUCUGGUGAGCCCAAGGGCAAGAAGAUCACCCUGAAGAUGGCCAAAAACGCCCUGAGGCUAACUGUGGAUGGCAAAAGACGCCUAGACCUCAGCAACAUGGAGAUCGCCACCUUCCCUAAGUGCAUCCUCAAGCUGGCUGACGUGGACGAGCUUGACCUCAGCCGCAACAUGCUGAGGAAGAUCCCUGACUCCAUACACGAGUUUGUCAAUAUCCGCAUGCUCGACUUGCACAGCAACCAGCUGGAGAACCUCCCUGCAGCCAUCGGCCGGCUCCAGAACCUGGUGAGCCUAAACCUGUGUAACAACCGACUGACUGACGUCGGCCUCCCCAGUGAGGUGUUUCUCCUGAGAAAGCUGCACAGCCUCAACCUGGGCAUGAACUUCCUGGACACCGUCCCAUCCUCCAUUGGUGCCCUCAAGGAGCUGCGCCACCUUGGCAUCUUCAACAACAACCUGACCCGGUUGCCCGAGAGCCUCCACUCACUGCCAAACCUUGAGAGCCUCAACGCCAGGUGUAAUCCCAUCCCCUCAGACGACAAGCCGCCCCUAGACCCCAUCCAGAGAGUGGAGUGCCUCUACCUGGUGUCGGAGAGCUGCCUCUGCGAGCCCUGCCUCAGGAGGCUAAAGGAGGAGAGGCAGAGGAUGGACGGCAGGAUUGAUGAUGCCCCCGCCAAAAAGAGGUCCAUGUUCACAGGGCUUGUCACGCCCAACUCCGUAGCCCAGGACGAGCAAGCCACCUGGAGGUGAUGGCUGAUUGGUGCAUGUCUUUGUGAUGUCAUCAUCAAGGAACAAAAAGGAUACUUUUUGGUGGAGAGGAAUAUUAUUGUCCUAUGUGCUCUGAUAACAAUGUGCAUUUCAAUGUAAAAAAAAAAGGUAAUUGACACUGGAACUGGAAUUUCUUUUCAGAUCCAUCUAUCAUGUUUCUCUAACAAUAAACA